AUGAUUCAAGAAAUUGGGUAAUGUGCAAACUUAGAAGUAGUUGGUACUCUAAAUUAAGUAAGUUCUACAGCUUGUUUAAGCCAAUAAUUCAGACAAGAAUUAAUGUUUCGACCGUUGACCAUGUAUUAAUAUCCUAAUAGCAAAUUAGGUACUUAAAAUGCAUGUUACCCAUCAAUCUAAGUAAAGUGCAAUAAUAAUGGUUAUUUGCCUAAUAUGAUCCAUUAAUGCAAUCUAUUAAAUAAUAAACAGUAUCAGAAGAAGUGCAACAUAAUCAAAUGCCAUUUGAACACUCAAGGAGCAAAUUUAAAGGUAUGCAAAAUAAAAUCAAGCAUUAUAGUUUAAUACAGGGCUAUAAACAAUUUACACAUGAUAUCUUCAUAAAUGAAAGGACAAAAUAUAAAAAUCUGCAAACGCAUAGCACUUCUACAGGCAUUGAAAAUCAUAUUUGAUUAGCAUUUUUACAAAAGGUCCAGAAGUUGA